AUGCGAUUCUACAGGAGAGUCGAAUGCCCACCACAGCCGAAUGCCAGCGUCGCUGUGUCGAAGAAAAAACUUACCGCAGUGUCACAGUGUUCCAGUCAAGGCCACACGGUCGUGCCGCAAACAGGGACAAAAGUGUGCAAUGCAGAUGAGAAAGGUUCCGGUGUCAACGAAGGCCAAACGGACGACAACAACCAGAUCGACCUAAAAGCUCUGCUUGGAGCAAUCCAAGAGAUAAACUGGCAGACAGACACCCCACCUUCCCCCGUUAACACGAGAGGCCAGACGCUGCGGCUUCAAGCAUCAGACCUCCCUCUGGCGGACAAGUCCUUCUUAGUUGGUCAUUUCAAGGUCGAUCUCACAGAGACGAACAACACCGUGGAGCUCGUGCGCGGGGAAGGUGAGUCGCUGCAGCUUGCGUCUUUCACGACAAAAUUCUGCGAGGACGCCGCAUUGGAGAAAUGCGACAAGGAGUACGAUAUCAAGCUGCCCGGGUUCAACGCCUCCUUCUGGGGAGAGGUGAAAAAGGGAAAUGCGUCGGCGAAACUCACCAUCCCCGCGUCGGCGUUCCCUGCGGAAGAUCAGGCAUUCUCCAUUGGUUGUUCUCGCAAGCCCACACCUACAACGCCUGGCGCAACAGUGCGGUCAGAGCUUGGGCAGCGGGCGGCAGUCAAGCCGUCGACGUGCAAGGUGUUGGUCACCAUCAAAGCCGCCAUCUCAGGUGUUGCGGCAGUUUCUGCCGUACAGCCCGUAGCUGCGGCUGCAACGGUUGCCUUCAUUACUGAAGGCCUACCGGUUCGGACCCAGAAAAAAUCGGAAUCCUCGUCCUCCCAGCAUGUAGUCGCCAAAUGUGAGCUUAACCCCGACAACAACAAGGAGCAGCCAUCUCCGCCAACCGUCGAAUUGUCCAAGGAUCAGCUUAGUGCUAAGCUACAGUGCACUGGACAGGGUAACAAAGUUGUGCCGCAGAAGACCACAGACGUGUGUACGUCAGAAAAAGAAGACGCCACAGUUGAGGAGUGUGAGAAACGGACCAACGCCAAGCAUAUAACACUGGAAGCGCUGCUCGAGGCAGGCAGCCCGAUUCACUGGGCUAACGCUGCCCUCUCACCGCCCCCUGAUAGCGGGGAAGAGUGGUCUCUCGAGUUGCACGAGUCGCAGCUCCCUUUGUCCGAUAAGACGUUUUUCAUUGGUUGCAAAAAGCAGGGCGAUGACGAGAAUCCCGGUUGCAAGCUCACCGUAUUUAUAAAAGCCAAAGCUUCUUCCGCCGAAAAGAACGUCGUCGCAUGUGCCUACGGGAAGGACAGCAACACUGACCAACCCCUGCAGGUGGAGCUGACAAAGGAGAACAACACACUGGAGCUGCUUUGCGGGAAAGAAGGCUCUGUACGGCCCGAAGCCUACCAAACGACCUUCUGCGAAGACGCAGACAUGAAAACCUGCGGCAUAAGCUACAGCGAAUUGCUUCCGAAGUUCGACAAGUCGUGGUGGGCGGAAGGAAGCCCAGCACAGACCACGGCAAAAUUGAUCAUCCCGCCGACUGACUUCCCAGCAGAAGACAUGACUUUUUACAUGGGCUGCUCUGCUGGGGAGGCUAGCCCUGAAGAACAAAAGCUCCUUGCGUCUGAAAAUGUGGAGCAGCCUGCUAGCAAAGUGCCCGCUUGCAGAGUGCUGGUGACUGUAAAAGCGAAGGCGAUGUCCUCGCUUGCGCAACCCACUUUCCAGACAGCUGUUGUUGCUUCAGUCCUGACUGCGUGUUUCUCUGUCGUUGUAUAG